UCUUUUACUUGCAUUAUAAAGACAAUUUUAUAAACGGAGAAGAAUCUUAACCUGCAAAAUGGCCAGUUUUUCGUUAAAACAUUUCAUCGCUAUUGCCCUGAUCGCGAUUAUCUUGGAGACGUCACACGUAUCCGGUGGUUCUUUCGGUCCCUGUAGCGGGCAGAGGCUUGACACGCUGGCCAAGGGUCAGUACAUGUCUGCAAGUCAAUGCGUCUCUAUGGGAGGCACCUGUUGCGGGCGGGACAGCGUUCGUGAUCACAUCAAUGAGGACCCGAGAAUCAUGAGCGCCACUGAUAGAUGCUUCACUUGCUACAACAGCAACGUCUCCGUGAAAUGUACGGGCACUCUGAUCCGAUUUAAACCUGGCCUCCAGGCCGACUGGUGGGUGACUGCGGCUAAAUGCAAUCAAGUCGGCGGUACCUGUUACCAAAAAUCCGCCACGUACGCGUUCAGUCCUCAAUUCAUGACAACCGAUCAGGAUUGCAUCAAUUGCUAUUCCGGCCAAGUGUCUCUACCGUGCGGGGGAAGACUGCUGGCUUCGAACGAUUACACAGCAAAGGCGUGCACUGCAUUCGGAGGCUCUUGCUGCGACGAAUCUCCUACUGGUGGGGACGCUUUCAAUGCUGGAACAUUCCCUAACCCGGAAUCGCUGUCGUGCCUCUAUUGCUACAGUGGAUUGCCCGCAAUCUGCGGUUAAAGGUAAAGCGAAUCCCAUUCCACUGACACGACGCAUUAUUGUUAAAAUUGAACGUUCAAUGAACAUGUUGAAUCAUUAUGCAGCAUUAAACGAAGGUCUGAAAUACACAUACCAGAACUCU